AUGAUCUACUUGUCAUACGAGCUCCUCGACGCCAUCCUCACGUACCUCCCAACACGAAAGAAAUGGCUCCUCCGACGCACCUGCAAAGCCUUCAACGACGUCCUCCUCCAGCAACUCUUCAAGAUGCUCCGCAAACUACAGCGUGCCUGCAAAACACUCCCCGGAAACGUUAAAUUCCUCCCCCACGAGAUGGAGCACUUCUACAAUUUUCUCCUCCAAGCCGGACUGUACGAAGGACUCCCCCGUGUCACCGAGUCGCACCGAUACGAAUGGAGAGAUAAGUACCAAUAUCCGCACGAACCCUACGACCACCUCCCGUUCACGCUGACGCAGGCGAGCAAGAUGCACAAUCCUCUCUACACGAGCGUGUGCGGCCUGACGAUGCUGCAUCUGUACGAUAUGCAUCGCGAGGCGGGCGUGAUGGGGGUAGUGCGGUCCGCGACUGUCCUGACGGGUUUAGGGGCUGCGGCGGGAUGA